AUGAAUAAAUAAGCGGCGACAAAAGCGGAUAGAGUUCGGUGUUGGAAUUGGGUGGACAAACUUUGAUAUGGUGUCGUCAAGUCUUCUUCCCUUCAAUGGUGCCCUCUUUCAAUCCAUACCACACCCUCCAACCAUCUUCUUCCAGAGGGGAUUGAGAAGAGGCCAAGAUGCAAGCCUUGUUAUACCUAGAACUGCCCAUAGCACGAGGGGUCAAGCAUUUCAAAUCUUGGCCAAUCCUAAUGUAUCUGCUGGAAAAGGAAAUUCUGAUAAGGAAGUAGUAAUGGUAGAUCCUUUGGAGGCGAAGCGUUUAGCUGCCAAACAGAUGCAAGAAUUUAAAGCAAAAGAGAAACUCAAGGUGAAGGAACUUCCAUUUCCAUCAAUAAACUUGAUGCUCUAUGUGAGAAGACGUAGAAUUGAGGCGAUUAAUGGUGCAUGGGCAAUGCUUGGUCUAACAGCUGGAUUAGUCAUUGAAGGUCACACUGGAAAUGGCAUUCUUGCUCAGCUGGCUGGAUACUGGGGCGCCAUUGUCAGGUUUUUUGUGCGAUAGGCAUUAUGGAUGAAAGGCUUGAGUUGCUGGAUCACUCUUUCAAAUUGACUUUGUGAUUUGUAAGAUACUUCAUAUUCAUUGUUGCUUCUCUCAUUCACCUAAUGUUGCUUGUACCAUUUUUACUAUCUCACCCCUUCCUAUUUGCCCGUUAACGUUUUAUGACAUUCUUUUUGAUAAGGAAUUCAGUGGUUCUUACUUAUUA